AUAUCACCAGCACUAGUUGAACCGGUAUCAUUCACAGCAUAACAUUAGUCACUACUCACUAGUAAUUUCUCGACCUGUUAAGUGUGUAAACGUUGAAAUGUCUUGCUGCAAAGGUCCCGGCUACGCGUCACCAUUAGACGCAUUUCACAAUGGCCCUAGAGAGGAGCUAUUAUACGUGAUCUGUGUACAACCCGACAAAACGAAGCAGGACUAUGUUGCUACGGUCGACGUAAAUCCUAAAUCCUCUACUUAUAGUCAGGUCAUACACAGGACCUAUACUGGGGCAGUAGGUAACGAACUGCACCAUAGUGGGUGGAAUGUGUGCUCCAGCUGCUACGAUAGACCAGAACUGAAGAGGGACCUACUCGUCUGUCCAAGUCUCCAUUCAUGUAAUGUCUAUAUUUUUGAUGUUGGUACAAAUCCCAGGAAACCAGAAUUACAUAAGGUAAUCGAUGGUUCAGAAAUGAGGUCGUUCAACUGCAGUUUCCCACACUCGGUACACUGCCUGGCGAGUGGAGAGGUCAUGAUUUCCACCAUGGGCGACGCAAAGGAAAAUGGAAAAGGAGAUUUUGUGCUGAUUGAUUCGAAGACUUUGAAAAUUACAGGUUCUUGGGUAAAAGGAGAGAAGAAAGCCAAAUUUGGUUACGAUUUUUGGUAUCAACCGUACCACGACGUUAUGAUCACAACUGAAUGGGGUUCACCGAAACAUUUUAAAACAGGUUUCCACCCCUCGGAUGUAUCCAAUCCAGAACUGUAUGGAACCAGUCUCAAUUUUUACCGCUGGUCGACGCACGAGUUAAUUCAAGUUAUAGAUUUAGGGAUGGAAGGGUCUGCACCCCUUGAGACCAGAUUCCUACAUAAUCCCAAAGCCGCUGAGGGAUUUGUUGGGUGUGCAGUACAGGGAAACGUAUACAGAUUUUACAAAAACAGCAAUGGAACAUGGAAUACCGAUAAAGUCAUCGAUAUUCCAAUCGAUAUUCCAGCUAAAACUGUGUUACAAGAUGGAGUUGAAACUGAAAUUAAUGCUCUGGUAGGCGACAUAUUGUUGUCAUUGGACGAUAAGUACCUCUACUUAUCAUGUUGGCUGCACGGGGAUGUGAGACAGUACGAUAUAUCAGAUACGAAAAAUCCAAAGCUCGUUGGACAAAUUUUCCUUGGCGGGCAAAUAGCGAACAACGACCUAAAAGUAAUCGAUGACAAGAAAUUGGAGGAUCCACCAAAGCUUGUAACUGUAAAAGGAAAAAGGCUUUAUGGCAGUCCACAGAUGAUACAACUAUCUCUAGAUGGAAAAAGGCUGUAUGCAUCCACCUCUCUGUAUUCACCCUGGGAUAAGCAAUUUUAUCCUCAAAUGAUCAAAGAGGGUGGAUGGAUUUUAAAAAUAGAUGUGGACACCGAAAACGGAGGACUGAAGCUAGAUGAAGAUUUUCUUGUGCAUUUUGGUGAUGAACCUAAUGGCCCGGUUUUACCUCACGAAAUUAGGUACCCUGGAGGGGACUGCACUUCAGAUAUUUGGUUAGCUAAAGAAUAGUGUGCCAAAGCUCAUAUUUUUUAUAAAAUAAGAAUUUAAAAUUAAGCUUUCAAUUUCCGUUUGCACUUAUAAUUAUUGUUAGUUCUAUGGAAAAUUUGAUAACUAGAAACCGAUGCUAAAGAUGCUGCUUUGCGUGUUAUUAGAGACUUAGUUCUAAGUAUGACUAUGUCAAAAACUUAGCACUAAGACACGAGUCUUCGGUGCAAACGGAGUAUACGCUAUAAAUAUUAAUUAACACUCGCUUGCAAUGUUAUUUUAAGCUUUUACCAAAAUACUGUUAAACGACCGUGCGUAAUCCAAUAUUAGAAUGUUUUGUACAAAGUUGUAAAAGCGAAAUACAUGUGUAAUAAUAUGA